AAUCGGCGUACAGUCAUUCCUUCCUGAAAGAGCUGCCUAUGAGCGACACCUUUGAGUACUUCUUCAAACCUUAUGAGGGGCCAUCACAGUAUCAAAUGUGAGCUGUGGAAGAGAUUUCCUGUUGAAGACACUGGGUGAGCAGCCAUGUGGCUGAGGGAUCUUUUGACCCGGGUCAUCCCGGGCUGGAGGGGGAAGACGGAAGGAGAGGAGACAGUGAGGACUUUGGAGUCCAAUCUGCCCUUUGAGGACCUUGGGAGGAAGGCACAGCCCAACAGGAGAUAUGCAGACAACAGCAUCAAGACCAACAAGUACACCCUGUGGUCCUUCAUCCCCAUGAAUCUCUUUGAGCAGUUCCAUCGCAUCGCCAACAUCUACUUUGUGGCAAUCGCUGCUCUGAAUUUUGUGCCGAUCGUCAAUGCUUUCGAGCCGGGUGUGGCUCUCAUCCCCAUCUGCAUCAUCCUCUCCAUCACCGCCGUGAAGGAUGCCUGGGAGGAUUUCCGGAGGUACCAAGCAGACAAAGAGCUCAAUAACACCCCGUGUCUCAUUUAUAGCAGGAAGCAGCAGGACUUUGUGCUGAAAUGCUGGAAGGACGUGCGAGUUGGAGACUUCGUGAAGGUGGUUUGUAACGAGGUGAUUCCGGCAGACAUCCUGCUCCUCAACACGUCAGACCCCAAUGGGGUCUGCCACAUGGAGACCGCUAACCUGGACGGGGAGACCAACCUGAAGCAGAGGCAGGUGGUACGCGGCUUUGCUGCCUCGAAUUGCUCAUUUCAGCCAGAGCAUUUCGGCGGCACCGUGGUCUGUGAGAAGCCCAACAAGAACCUGACACACUUUAAAGGAUACCUAGCCAUGCCAGAGAAGAAGAAGAUCGGCUUUGGCAGAGAAAGUCUGCUGCUGCGGGGCUGCACCAUGAGGAACACUGACAGCGCCGCCGGCAUCGUGGUGUACGCAGGACACGAGACAAAGGCCAUGCUCAACAACAAGGGGCCGAGAUACAAGCGCAGCAAGCUGGAGAGGAAGAUGAACACUGACGUGCUCUUCUGUGUGGGGAUCCUCUUCAUCAUGUGUCUUAUCGGAGCCCUCGGCCAGUACUUCUGGCUGGGAACAUUUCCCAGCACCCCCCCGUUUGUGCCCCCGGACAGCAGCAACGUGUACAUUCCUCCAUCCUUGUCGGGGUUUUACAUGUUCUUCACCAUGAUCAUCCUCCUGCAGGUGUUGAUUCCCAUCUCGCUCUAUGUGAGCAUCGAGCUGAUCAAAGUGGGGCAGAUCUUCUUCAUCACUAAUGAUGUCGACCUGUACGACGAGGAGACAGACAGCCGCGUGCAGUGCAGGGCCCUCAACAUCACAGAGGACCUCGGGCAGAUCCAGUACGUCUUUUCGGACAAGACGGGCACUCUUACCGAGAACAAGAUGGUAUUCCGCCGAUGUAGUAUCAUGGGGACAGAGUACUGCCACAAAGAAAAUGCACUACGCCUGGCUGCCCUCGACGAGGCUGAAUCGGAUGAGGAGGAUCCCGCUUUCCCGCAGAAGAAAGUUCCUUCACGGCUCCAAUUCUUGAAGGGGAAAAGCGCCGCUGCUCUCAGGCGCUGUAACAGUGCCCGGGCUCGCAUUGGCGUGCGUGGCCAGGCCGAGGUCACGCUCAGCCCCCACAGUGAUGUGGCCUUCAGCAGCCCCCUGGAGACCGACGUGGCGCCGGACUGGAGGCUGCAGCGGAUCACCGGUGACGAGGCCGGUCAGAUGGAGGCGUGGGGCCGCGUGAGUCGCAUCGGCGGCGGCGCCUGCUACAUGGACUUCUUCCUGGCGCUGGCCGUCUGCAACACUGUGGUGGUGUCCACGGCAAUGCACCCGAGGCAGAGGGUGACAGGCCCCUUGAACUCUUCCACGCUGAAGUCCCUGGGUCACAUUCAGACCCUGCUGAAAAGGCUCGGUUCUCUGAGCCACGUCAUCGCCUCGCUGCACUCCAUCCCCGAGAAGAGCGGCCCCACCUCCCCGGCCAGCCCAGCCAGCCCAGCCGGCCCGCCAGCCUCUGUUCCGGCGGGAGACGAAGUGGACAGGGGAGGAGUCACGGACAGCGGCUCCCUGAACACCAGUCUGGAGGACAGUGAAGCAGAUCUUCCGUCGACGGAGGACGUGCCCACGGAAACAAGCGCCAAUCCCAACUCGGACGGACUGUGCUACGAGGCAGAGAGCCCCGACGAGGCCGCGCUGGUCCAUGCCGCCAGAGCCUAUGGCUACACCCUGCUGGGGCGCACUCCUGACCAUGUGACCGUUAGGCUUCCCCAGGGAUCCUUGCUCACCUUCGAGGUACUGGGCACUCUGGCCUUCAACUCCGUACGCAAGCGGAUGUCGGUGGUUGUGCGUCAUCCGAUGACCAAUGAGGUCAUCAUCUACACCAAGGGGGCUGACUCGGCCAUCAUGGAGCGUCUGGCUAAAUCAGCAGAAAACCAACCAGAGGAGAAUAAAAGAAAAAGGAUCGCUGCUAAGACACAGAGACACCUUCACUUGUAUGCCAAAGAUGGAUUACGCACUCUGUGUAUUGCUAAGAAGGUAAUGAGCUUGCAGGCCUAUACUGACUGGUUGGCCGUGAGACAGGAGGCGGAGUCGGCCAUUGACAACAGAGAAGAGCUGCUCAUGGAAACUGCAAGUCAUUUAGAGACUAACCUGACUCUUUUAGGAGCCACUGGGAUUGAGGACCGGCUACAGGAGGAUGUCCCAGCAACUAUCGCAUCACUACGGAAGGCAGGGAUUCAGGUGUGGGUGCUGACGGCUGUGAACAUAGCCUACUCCUGCAGACUGCUGGACCAGAGCGAUGUGGUGUUCACGCUCAGCACAGCCAGCCUGGAUGAAUGCAAUUCGUUUUUGGACUGUACCCUGGAGGAGGUGAAGAGGUAUGGUGUGCAGCCCCCGUGGCAGAGCAGCCCCCGCGGGCUCCGGGGCCCCACCUUCGGCCUGGUGCUGGAAGGCCACACGUUGGGCCUGCUCUUCGAGGCCGGCCUGCAGCUCAGGCUGCUGGAGCUCAGCCGCCACUGCCGAUCGGUGCUGUGCUGCCGUGUGACGCCGCUGCAGAAGAGCGCCGUGGUCAAGCUGGUGCGAGACAAGCUCAAGGUCAUGACCCUUUCCAUAGGUGACGGCGCUAAUGACGUCAGUAUGAUCCAGGCCGCGGAUAUUGGCGUUGGCAUUUCCGGCCAAGAGGGGAUGCAGGCAGUUAUGGCCAGUGACUUUGCAAUAUCUCACUUUAAACACCUCAAGAAGUUGCUGCUAGUGCAUGGACACUGGUGCUAUAGCAGGCUGGCUGGCACUGUCAUCUACUUCUUCUACAAGAACGUGGCGUAUGUGAACCUUCUUUUCUGGUACCAGUUUUUCUGUGGCUUUUCUGGGACAGCCAUGAUCGACUACUGGCUGUUGAUAUUCUUCAACCUGCUCUUCACUUCCGUCCCACCCAUCGUGUUUGGCAUCCUGGACAGAGAUAUUUCAGCCGGGACACUACUGAGCCUCCCAGAACUGUACAAAAGUGGCCAGAACUCAGAGGUCAGAGCCCGUAGCUGGGGGCCAAACUUUAGUCUUCUUCAUAAAUCCCUUCAGUCAACUACUGCAAUGUUCCAGAAGCUCUGUUUCAGUGAUGAGUCGAUGUUGCAGCGUAAUGUGCAUGGUUUUCCCAAUAAAGAUAUAUUACCUGCACAUGUUACUUUAUAGAGCGAAAAUAAAGAGAGAGUACCAGAUGUAUGUAAAGGA